CUUCUGAUCUUCUAGAUACGUUUUCUAGCUGAGAGGGCAUGGGAAGCAAACAUCCAAUCACCUCCAUUUCCAGGAGUCCCCACAAAUACAGAGAAAGAUCACAGAACAAUGUCAGCGUUAGUAGAGUGCGUACCCAAUUUCUCUGAAGGCAACAACCAAGAGGUGAUCAAUGAGAUUGGCAAGGCCAUCUCCCAAACAGAGGGCUGCAAACUCCUCGAUGUGGAUGCAGGACCUUCCACCAAUCGGACUGUUUACACCUUCGUGGGGAGUCCCACAGCGGUUGUCGAGGGCGCCCUGAAUGCGGCCAGGACAGCUUUUCAACUCAUCAACAUGGCAAACCAUAAAGGUGAGCAUCCGCGGAUGGGCGCCCUGGAUGUUUGUCCCUUCAUCCCAGUGAGAAAUGUCACCAUGGCAGACUGUGUUCACUGUGCCAAUCUCUUUGGGAAGCGCUUGGCAGAUGAACUGCAUGUGCCUGUGUAUCUGUAUGGUGAAGCUGCUAUAAAGGAAAGCAGAAGGUCUCUGCCAGCCCUCCGAGCAGGAGAAUAUGAAGCUCUCCCGAAGAAACUCAAAGAGGCAGAAUGGACUCCUGAUUUUGGUCCCGCAAACUUUGUUCCAAGAUGGGGAGUGACGGUGACAGGUGCCCGAAAAUUCCUCAUAGCGUACAACAUCAACCUGCUGUGCACGAAGGAGCUGGCACACCGGAUAGCCCUGAACAUCCGGGAACAGGGCCGUGGGAAGGACCAGCCUGGGCGACUGAAGCGGGUACAAGGCAUGGGCUGGUACUUGGAGGAGGAACACAUCGCUCAAGUCUCGACCAAUCUGCUGGACUUUGAAACCACUUCCCUUCACACAGUCUACGAGGAGGUCUGCAGGGAUGCUCGGGAUCUGAACCUACCAGUGGUAGGAUCUCAGCUUGUGGGCCUAGUUCCCAAAAAGGCCAUACUGGAUGCAGCAGAAUUUUACAGUAACAAAGAAAACCUCUUCGUUCUUGAGGACGAUCACAAAAUCAGACUGGUUGUCAACCGACUGGGGCUGGAUUCUUUGUUUCCAUUCAAUCCCAAGGAGCGUAUCAUUGAGGAGAUGGUGCAGGAUGGGGAGGCAAAUGGCUGCCUGGUGUCUCUGCCUCUUCGCACCUUGGUGCAGAAAGUUGGGUCCCGCUCAGCUGCUCCGGGUGGAGGAUCAGUCUCGGCAGCAAUAUCUUCCCUGGGAGCAGCAUUGGGCUGCAUGGUGGGAUUGAUGACCUAUGGAAAGCGUCAGUUUGAGGAACUGGACCCAGUUAUGAGGCAAUUAAUACCUCCCUUCCAUCAGGCCAUGAAUGAGUUGGUGGCCAUGGUGGACGCAGACUCCAUGGCUUUCAACAGCUACAUGGAUGCUAUGAAGCUUCCCAAGAGCACACCUGAGGAGAAGGAAAGGCGUGCAGUCGCCAUGCAACUGGGCCUGAAAAAGGCAGUUGCCGUCCCUUUCUCACUGGCAGAAAAAAUCCACUCCUUAUGGCCCUUUCUAAAAGAACUAGCUCAUCACGGAAACCUAGCCUGCAAAUCAGACAUCCAGGUGGCAGCAAAAGCUCUAGAAGCUGGCGUAUUCGGUGCCUCUUUCAAUGUCAUCACCAACCUGAAAGAUAUAACCGACGAAGGCUUUAAGCACCAGGCGCAGAUCAAACUCUCCCAUUUCGUGGAAGAGGCCAAGGAAAGUGCAGCAUUUGUGCUGGAGCGGCUGGAGAAACGGACGACUUGAAAGGAAAUUUGCAUGAACUGCAAAGAGACACCCCCCUCCCCUUUUGCAAUAUUGUUGUGUUGCGUGCAGGCCUGUUUCCUGAAUCAUGGGCCAUUACUACUUGCUCUCCAUCCUACAACCUGCAAGAAAUCAGCUACAAAUACAGAUUUCACUGCUCUGUAUAUAUAUUCCUUCUCACACAACAUCAGCAGCUUUAGUUCUUGUUGGUCACUUUCAAUGUUCUAAACACAAGGCUAAAAGCCACGUUAUAUUUUAGCAGGAGCAACAAAAAUUACUCAAAACAUUGUGCAAGUUUUUGAGUUCUCUAGAACUCUCCAUCAAUCUGAUUGUUACAAAAAGAGGGGUGUAUGCAGGGCUUUUUUUCAGCUGGAAUGCGGUGGAACGGAGUUCCGGAACCUUUUGAAAAUGGUCACAUGGCUGGUGGCCCUGGCCCCUGAUCUCCAGACAGA